AUGAACCUGAUCGGGGGCUACCAGCACCACCACCACCAUCAUCACCACCACCUCAUGCACGAACCCUUCCCGUUCGUGCAGCGCUGCCACCAGGAUGCGCCCUACUUCCAGAGUUGGGUGCUCAACCACGGCGAGGUGCCUCCAGACUUCCAGAUCCAGACGCCCUACCCGGCCGGCACGGAUCUCACGCCGGCCGCCUCCGUCGCCGCCGCCUCGCAGCACGAUCACGGCCGCCUGGAGGGUCUGCAAUCGGGCAUGACCAAGCGUCGGACGGCGGGGCCCAAAAAGGAGCGCCGACGGACAGAGAGCAUCAACACGGCGUUUGCCGAACUUCGGGAGUGCAUCCCUAACGUGCCCGCUGAUACGAAACUGUCGAAAAUCAAGACGUUACGCCUGGCAACCAGUUACAUCGCGUACCUGAUGGACGUGCUGGCCAAAGACGCCGGAGACACGGAAGGCUUCAAGGCCGAAAUUAAGAAAUUUGAAAGCCGGGAUCUGAAACGGAAAAGGGACAUGGUAAGUAACGAAGGUCCACCACAGGACUCGUUCGGCACCGAGAAGAAGGUGAAGGGUCGGACCGGGUGGCCGCAGCAGGUUUGGGCUUUGGAGCUCAACCAAUGA